AUGGAUAAGAUUGUGCACAAAAACUUGAGUGUAAACGGGAUCAGUAUGCACGUAGCCGAGAUCGGAGAAGGUCCGGCGGUGCUUUUGCUCCAUGGUUUUCCCGAGCUGUGGUACUCUUGGCGCCAUCAGAUGCUUUAUCUCUCCUCAAAAGGCUACCGGACUAUCGCCCCCGACCUCCGCGGCUAUGGCGACACCGACGCGCCGCCUUCCGCAGCCAGCUACACCGCUUUCCAUAUUGUUGGAGAUUUGGUUGCAUUACUGGAUGCUUUAGAACUCGAACAGGUUUUCCUGGUGGCACAUGACUGGGGCGCAUUGAUUGCGUGGUGGUUCUGCUUGUUCCGGCCAGAUCGGAUUAAGGCCUUGGUUAAUACGAGCGUCCAAUUUCACCCGAGGAACCCUUCCGUCUCAUUUAUUCAAGGAUAUAGAUCUCUUCUCGGUGAUGAUUUCUACAUGUGCAGGUUUCAGGAACCAGGUGAAGCAGAAGAGGCACUUGCAUCAGCUGAAACAACACAUGUAAUGAAGUCAUUCUUUUCAUUCCGAGGUGGAAAACCUAUCAUUGUACCUAAAGAUGUAGGGCUUAAGGCACUUUUCCAGGAUCCAUCGGCAUUGCCCUUGUGGCUUACUGAGGAGGAUCUCAACUAUUAUGCCACCAAAUUCGAAAAAACAGGGUUCACUGGAGGAUUGAACUACUAUAGAGCAUUCGACUUAACCUGGGAGCUUGGAGCACCAUGGACUGGAUCAAAAGUACCUGUGCCUGUGAAAUUUAUCAUUGGUGAACUGGACAUAACCUACCAUGUUCCUGGUGUCAAGGAUUACAUACACGAUGGUGGGUUCAAGGAAGACGUUCCAUACCUGGAAGAAGUGGUCGUGAUGGAAGGAGUCGCACAUUUCCUCAAUCAAGAGAAACCCGAGGAAGUCAGCGAACAUAUAUAUGACUUCAUCAAGAAGUUCUGA